AAUUUGAUACGUAACAGUGAAGGGAAGCCGACGGAAAGAGACCGGGGAGAAAAGCAGAGGGAUGACGCUGCUAACCCACAACAUGCUAUCGUCCAACAUCAAGGGAGUCACCAAUGGCUUUCCUCUCCAUAUCGAAGCUGAGAAAGUGGUGGAGAAGCAGGUGGAGAUUAAUCACGACUUUCGGAGAAACAUUUUCCCCAAGAUCAAGUGGAAAGCUUUCGUCGAUGCGUCGCGGAUCCUAGGCUACGUCGAGCUUCCUGAGGAAGCCCCCGAACCGUCGGUCCUGGAAUCCGAUCAUGAGUUUCUGGGAAAGUUCCAUCACGCACUCUUGGAGCUCCAUAUCGAGGAGGGCGCCCUGUUUUGCCCCGAGACUGAGAGGAAGUUUCCCAUCAAUAAGGGUAUUCCCAAUAUGCUUCUUCGGUAUAACUUGCAGGAGGUUUUUGCCUUUUUAAUACUUUUAUGAAUAAUAAAUUUAAAUAUUUAUU